UCGUCUGCCCAGUGCCCAGUGCCCCGCCACUCCACCCAACCGCGGCCGCCGCCUCCAAACCAUCGCAGAAACAGCCGAAACUCCGUCAAGGACCCGCCGUUCCGCGCACCGCGCGCGUCGCCCCCAACACGCCAUGGCCGCAGCCAUUCUCCGCCGCCUCAACCCCACCGCCGCCGCCGCCGCGCGCGUGGCGCCGCUGCUCGCCCGCGCCCCCGCGCGCGCUGUCUCCGACUCCACCGACCCGAUCACCGUCGAGACCUCGGUCCCCUUCGUGUCGCACCUCCUCGACCCGCCCUCCCGCGAGACCACCACCUCCGCGCGCGAGCUGCUCGCCUUCUUCCGCGACAUGUCCGUCAUGCGCCGCGCCGAGCUCGCGGCGGACUCCCUCUACAAGGCCAAGCUCAUCCUGGGCUUCUGUCACCUCUACGACGGCCAGGAGGCCGUCGCCGUCGGUAUGGAGGCCGCGAUCACGCGCGCCGACGCUAUCAUCACCGCCUACCGCGACCACUGCUUCUACCUCGCCCGCGGCGGGGACCUCGUCGCCGCCUUCGCCGAGCUCAUGGGCCGCCGCGACGGGUGUUCAAGGGGCAAGGGAGGGUCCAUGCACUUCUACAAGAAGGACGCCAACUUCUUCGGCGGCCACGGCAUCGUCGGCGCCCAGGUGCCGCUCGGCUGCGGCAUCGCCUUCGCGCAGAGGUACAGGAAGGAGGGCACCGUCACGUUCGACCUCUACGGCGACGGCGCAGCCAACCAGGGCCAGCUCUUCGAGGCGCUCAACAUGGCCGCGCUCUGGAAGCUGCCCGUCAUAUUGGUCUGCGAGAACAACCACUAUGGGAUGGGGACGGCGGAGUGGAGGGCCUCCAAGAGUCCGGCUUAUUACAAGCGCGGGGACUAUGUUCCUGGGUUAAAGGUCGAUGGAAUGGAUGUUCUUGCUGUCAAGCAAGCUUGCAAAUUUGCCAAAGAACACGCCCUUGAAAAUGGACCGAUUAUUCUUGAGAUGGACACCUAUAGAUACCAUGGACAUUCUAUGUCAGAUCCAGGUAGCACCUACCGCACUAGGGAUGAGAUUGCAGGCAUAAGACAGGAGCGCGAUCCAAUUGAAAGGGUCAGAAAGCUCAUAUUGGCCCAUGACUUAGCAACAGCCCAAGAGCUAAAGGACAUGGAGAAGGAAAUAAGGAAGCAAGUUGAGACUGGCAUCGCUAAAGCAAAGGAGAGUCCUAUGCCUGAUCCAUCUGAGCUCUUCAAAAACGUUUAUGUCAACGACUGCGGCUUGGAGUCCUUUGGGGUAGACAGGAAGGAGGUGAGAACCGUUCUCCCAUAGACUGCUGGCAAGCAAGAAGCUUAGCUGCGUUGUACUUGUAUGGUGUAUACCGACAACCGAGGAGAAGUAAUACAGGCAAAGGAACCCUCAGUGUUGCCGUGCAUUUCCUUUUCUGUCACUGAAUAAGUUUUGUAAAUAAACGCAUCAACUGCUGGGUUCUGUUUCUGUAUCACACUGCAGUCAUAUCCUCUUAUGGUUAUCCCAAUUUGUAAUUUCCUCGCUCCGUGAGUUGCGAAGCUGAAGUUUUCUUGGGUGCGCA